AUGGCGCAGGAGAAAGAGGUGACGGCGGCGGAGGUGGUGAUUUGUACACGUAGGGAGGAGGAGGGGAUGGAGAAGGUGGUGGUGGUGAAUUGUACACAUAAGGAGGAGGAGGGGAUGGAGAUGGUGGUGGUGGGGAUUUGUAGACAUAAGGAGGGGGAGGAGGUGGAGAUGGGGGUGGUGGGGACUUGUAGACAUAAGGUGGAGGAGGUGAGGGUGAUGGUGGUGGUGGGGAUUUGUAAAUGUACGGAGGUGGUGGUGAUAGAGAUGGCGGUGGUGGGGAUUUAUAGACAUAGGGAGGAGGUGGUGAUGGCGAUGGUGGUGGUGGAGAUUUGUAAAGAUAAGGGGGUGGUGGUGAUGAAGAUGGUGGCGGUGGGGAUUUGUAAACGUAAGGUGGAGGUGGUGAAGGAGAUGGCGGUGGUGGUGAUUUGUAGACAUAAGGUGGAGGUGGUGAUGGCGAUGGUGGUGGUGGGGAUUUAUAGACAUAAGGUGGAGGUGGAGAUGGAGAUGGUGGUGGUGGGGACUUGUAUACGUAAGGAGGCGGGGGUGAGGGAGAAGGUGGUGGUGGUGAUUUGUAGAUAUAAGGUGGAGGUGGUGAUGGCGAUGGUGGUGGUGGGGAUUUGUCAACAUAAGGAGGAGGAGGUGAUGGAGAUGGUGGUGGUGGUGACUUGUAGACAUAAGGUGGAGGAGGUGAGGGGGAUGGUGGUGGUGGGGAUUUGUAAAUGUACGGAGGUGGUGGUGAUGGAGAUGGUGGCGGUGGGGAUUCGUAAAUAUAAGGAGGUGGUGGUGGUGGAGAUGGUGGUGGAGGCGGAGAUGGAGAUGGUGGUGGUGGGGACUUGUAUACAUAAGGAGGCGGGGGUGAGGAAGAAGGUGGUGGUGGUGAUUUGUAGAUAUACGGUGGAGGUGGUGAUGGCGAUGGUGGUGGUGGGGAUUUGUAUAAGUAAGGAGGUGGGGGUGACGGAGAGGGAGGAGGUGGUGAUUUGUAGACAUAAGGAGGAGGAGGUGAUGGCGAUGGUGGUGGUGGGGAUUUAUAAAUGUAAGGAGGAGGUGGUGGUGGAGAUGGUGGUGGCGGGGAUUUAUAGACAUAGGGAGGAGGCGGAGAUGGAGAAGGUGGCGGUGGGGACUUGUACACGUAAGGAGGUGGGGGUGAUGAAGAAGGUGGUGGCGGCGACUUGUAAUAAUAAGAGGGUGGAAGGGGUAUUUGUGAUGGAGGAGGAGGUGAUUUGUAGUAGUAUGGUGGUUGUGUUGAAGGCGAUGUUGGCGGUGGUGAUUUAUGAUAGUAAGGUGGCCAUGUUGGCUUGUGGUGUCGUAGUGGUGGUAACUUGUAAACAUAAGGUAGCGGCGGUGGAGAUGCGUAAACGUAAUGCUCGUGGUCGGCAUCAGCGGCGACUACAUUUGAAGCUAUGA